AUGGGAUCCGAGUUCAUCCUUCUGGGUCUCUUUCCGCACCUGCAGCAUGCAGACGUCCUUGCUGGCCUCAUCAUCCUCACCUACGCCCUGGCCCUGGGGGGGAACGCCACACUGACUGUGCUCAUCCUGCUGGACGCCCGGCUGCACACGCCCAUGUACUUCCUCCUCCGCCACCUGUCCCUCGUGGACCUGCUCUUCAUCUCCACCACCGUCCCCAGGAUGGCCGCCAGCUUCUUCUCAGGACACAAGCGCAUCUCACACAUAGCCUGUGGUACCCAGACAUUUUUUUUCCUCACGUUGGGUGGGGCAGAGUGUGUCCUGCUCAUGUUCAUGGCCUGUGACCGCUACGUGGCCAUCUGUCACCCUCUGAGAUAUCACACCAUCAUGAGCCAGAGGGUCUGCCAGAGCAUGGUCCUAGGGUCCUGGGUGGGGAGUGGGCUCAAUGCCCUGGCCCAGGUGGUCUACACCAUGUAUGUACCCAAGUGCGGCUUCCUGCAGAUAGAACAUUUCUUCUGUGAACCCAUGGCCGUCAUGAAGCUUGCCUGUGGGGACACCUCCACAUACCAGUUGGUGAUACUUGUGAUUGGUAUUGUGCUUCUCCUCAUCCCUUUUGGUGUCAUCUCUUCCUCCUAUACCAUCAUCUUCCUCACUGUCUUGCGCAUGAAUUCCCGCCAGGCCAGGAAAAAGGCACUAGGCACCUGCUCCUCCCACCUGCUGGCAGUGAGCCUCUUCUACGGCCCAACCAUCUUCACCUACAUGACCCCGGGCUCCUCACACAGCCCUGCCCAGGACCAGGCUGUCUCUGUGUUCUUCUCCAUCGUCACCCCUAUGCUGAACCCCUUCAUUUACAGUCUGAGAAACAGGGAAGUCACGCAGGCCCUGAGGAAGGCACUGUCGCUCACCACACUGUCAUGUCAUAAAUGCUUGUGA